AUGUCUUCAACUGGAACUACUCCACCAUUGGAUGCUAAUACCGUCGAAAGCCAAAGAAGCAACCCAACUUAUGGGUCAAAACGCAUGAAGAUGGCGCAAGCGCAAGUCGACGAAGUCAUCGAUGUUAUGAAGAACAACGUGAACAAAGUUAUGGAGCGCGAACAACAAUUGUCAAACUUGGAUCAUCGCGCUGAUAUUCUUCAAGCUGGCGCUUCGCAAUUUCAACAAAGCUCGAGAAACUUGAGACAAAAAUAUUGGUGGCAAAAUAUGAGAGUAAGGGUUUUACAAAGCUAGAACAAAAAUAAUUCGGAUUUUUCAGAUGAUGAUCAUUCUCGGACUCAUUGCACUCGUCUUCAUUGGUAUGAUCAUCCUCUGGAUCGCCCAUUAA